UUCGAUCGCUUUUUUUGUAAAACUGAUUCGAUUCUGAAGUUCACAACGUGAACAGUGAAUAAAAACGAAUUCUGUAGAAAAAUACGGUGUGACUAGCAAGAGGUAAAGCGAAUUAUACGAAAAUAUACUGCAUUGUUGCCUAGAACGUGGUAGCAACAUGGACUACCUUAGAUGUGGUAUGGUUAAGAUCAGAAUGAAAUCAACCUUUCUUCUGAUGUUGAUUAGCGGUAUCGUGUAUGUUUCGGCACAAACUCCACCACCGUUGUCCCGUCCAGGUGAUGUUGUUGGUAAAGCCGUCAUUGGAUAUCAAGGAUGGUUCGCCGCACCCAGAGAUAAUUCGGUAGUAAAUGGUUGGGUACAUUGGAUUAAAGAUGGCCUAGAACCACGCACUCAACCACUGCGCCCAAAUAUGGUCAAAUUCGAUCUCUAUCCUGAUACACGAGAAUACACCAAAUUAUAUCCAACAAAUUUGGGCCCACUCGGAAACGGCAGUCCGGGAGGUUUGUACAGUAACUGGGAUCAAGAGACAGUCCAUGUACAUUUUAAGUGGAUGCAACAGUAUGGUAUUGAUUGCGUUGCGCUGCAACGUUUCGGACUUGAUCGUUCGAACACGGCCGUCGCUCAGCAACGCGAUGGUGUUUUACGUAAAGUAAUGGUAUCCGCACAGGUUUAUCAGAGGAAAUGGUAUAUAGCAUGGGAUAUAUCUGGUUGGAACAAUCAAACCUACGACAGCGAACUGUUGAGCGAUUUAAAUUAUCUGAAUCAGCAAAUCCAAGUCUUUAAUCACCCACUUUAUGCCCGACAAAACGGCAAGCUGGUUCUUUCGUUGUGGGGAUUUGGUUUUAGAGACAGGCCAGGUAGACCAGCUGAUCCAGACAAGGCUAUUAAUCUUAUUAACAGAUUAAAACAAAUGGGAUUCUAUGUCAUCGGAGGAUGUCCAUCAGCAUGGAGAUUCAAUGGCCAAAAUUCAUUGGAAACAUUCCAGCGAGUGUAUCCAGUUUUCCAUAUGUUGCAGCCGUGGCAUGUUGGUGUCUACAACACACCCGCAAAUGCUGAAGCAUACAAAAAUGUACUGAGCGGUGAUCUUAGUGUGACCAGAGCACGAGGUCAAGACUACCAACCAGUUGUUUUUCCUGGAUUUUCAUGGGCAAAUUGGCAUGAAAACGAUGCUCGGAAUUCUAUUCCGCGACUGUACGGACGAUUCUUCUGGAGACAAUUCGUUAACUUACGUGAGUUGGGCAUACAAAAUUGUAUGGUUGCGAUGUUUGACGAAUAUGAUGAAGGGACGGCCAUAGCAAAAGCAGCUGAAGAUGCAUCGAUGAAACCGACUAAUCAAUGGUUCUUAUCGCUGGACGCUGACGGUGUUCGGGUAUCGUCUGAUUUUUAUUUACGAGUGUACAGAGAUGGUGUUAGAAUGAUGAAAGGUAUUACACAACUUCAGCAAAACUGUCCAACAAGUUACUUCUAGUAGUGCAGCUCAGUCAGCAUGAAUUGCAUUGUUUCAAUUACAAUUUGCAAUUUAAUUUGUAAAAAGAAAACUGUUUACUUUUAUGAAAA